AUGGACCACCUCGCCAACGUGAACGCCGGUGCCCCCACCCUGCUCUUGCUGCUCGUCGUACCCCAACCGUGCACAGACCACCUCGCCAACACGAACGCCGGCGCCCCCACCCUGCUCUCGCCGCUCGUCGUGCCCCAACCGUGCACGGACCACCUCACCAAUGCUGGCGCCUCCAUCCACCACCGAAUGUGCACGGACCACCUCACCAAUGCUGGCGCCUCCAUCCACCACCGAAUGUGCACGGACUACCCACCCAUGUCUGCCAACAACGUCCACGAUGUCCAUGCCCCACACCGCGCCCAACACACACGUCCACCACCGAACGUGUACGGACCACCGACCCAUAACUGA